CUCCAGCCGGUGAGUUUAAUUAAAGCACCGCUGUGACAUGUGCUUCUUCACACAACAUCACUUAAUCAGAAGUUUACGUUGAGCAUGGCUGGACACUUCCGGCGUAUCAUCGCAUCUAAAUUGUUCCAGUCAUUUAGUCAAUCAGGAUUGCUGCCGAAAUCACAAGAAACCAAUUCUGUGGAGAAAUUAGCUUCAUUGGUCAAAGUGAAGAAAAUAUCAAAACAUCAUACUCUUGAAUCUGGUCAGUUCUUGGUUAAUUCUCAACACCUGAAUAACUUCCUGAAGGACAAUUCUGAUCCCAACCAUAAAUUGGCUGAGCAAGUAAAAGACUGCUUAUUUCAGGAUACGUCUUUUAAAGAACUUGGAAUCACUUUCAAUGGUAAAUUCUUCAAUUUCACAUUUGAGCCAACCAAUAUUACAGAGGUGAUAUUGUCCAGUGUAUAUAACGAGGGUAGUAAGUAUGGCUUUACCAGUCAUCUUCAUCAGACAGACAACCAAACAGAGAAGCAGACCGUCGUGAUAGAAUACAGCUCUCCAAAUAUUGCCAAACCGUUCCAUGUGGGUCACCUGAGAUCAACAAUUAUUGGAAAUUUCUUCAGCAAUCUCUAUGAACAGCUUGGAUACAAUGUGAUACGUUUGAACUACCUUGGUGACUGGGGUACCCAGUUUGGACUUCUGGCUGCUGGCUACCAUCAAUAUGGCUGUGAAACCAAACUGCUUGCUGACCCACUCCAUCAUUUGUUCCAGGUGUAUGUGAAAGUAAACAAAGAUGCAACCCAAGAAACUGAUACGAAAUGUGUUGAAGACUCACAGAGUCUGUAUAAUCGGAGUCGAGAAAUCUUCCAAAAGAUGGAGAAAGGAGAAGGAAAAAGCUUGGAUCUUUGGAAACGAUUUCGAGACUUGAGCAUCAAAGAAUAUCAGAAAAUAUACAAGAGACUUGGUAUCUCCUUCACUGAGAUUCACUCUGAGUCAAUGUAUUCUGAAUCAGCCAAUCAGUUACUGCAACACCUGAGACACACUGGUUUGUUACAGAUCAAUGAGGAAGAAGGAAGAACCGAGUUCAUUGAGAUUCCUGACCGAAACCGAAAUUCCAAAGUUACAAUGUGCAAAAGUGAUGGAACUACUCUCUACCUGACACGUGAUGUUGCUGCUGCCCUACACAGGAAGAAGGAAUAUAAUUUUAACAAAAUACACUAUGUGGUUGACAAUCGACAGAAGCAACAUUUCCAAAACCUUCAGGCAGUUUUGAAGACAAUUGGAGAAGAUUGGGUUACCAGUCUCGGAAGUGAUUUCCAUAUUGGAUUUGGUCGAAUUAUAGGCAUGAAUACAAGAAUGGGUAAAGUUAUUUUCCUAAAAGACCUUCUUGAUGAAGCUCAGCACCAAAUGUUGUCAAAACGAAAGGAAACUUCCUCAUCAAAAGAUGUAGCUGAUGAAAUGGCUGUAGCAGACACACUUGGCAUCAGUUCAAUUCUUGUACAAGACCUGAAAGAAAGAAGGAACUUUGAUUAUACAUUCAGCUGGAAGAAAUGUCUCAACUUCAAAGCCGAUUCUGGAGUUUUCUUACAAUAUGCUCAUGCAAGACUUUGUAGCUUGAAGCAAAACUGUGCCAUACCUUUGACCCAUUCUGUUGAUGCAGCCUUACUAAAGGACCCAGCUGCCUUGCGACUGGUUCUCCACAUUUCAAGAUAUGAUGAAGUCAUAUUAAACUCGUUUCUUUCCUUCGAGCCAUUCCAUGUCGUACAAUACCUCUUCCAGUUGGCUCACCUAAGUAAUCAAUCACUUCAUUCAUUAGUCGUCAAAGGUCAAGUACAAGAUAUUGCCCAGGCACGUCUUCUGCUGUUUCAUUCAGCCCAACAGAUCCUUUCAAGUGGGCUCAGACUGAUUGGUGUCCAACCUCUGCAGUGCAUGUAAGCAACAUUAGCAUUGCUGUCUUCAGCUGCUUGACUGAUGAGAAAAAUCUGAGAUCUGUCAAUGUUUUGAUAUUUGUGGAAGGUUUUGUCCACUCAGUGAAGCUGAGUUUAUUUAAACCAGGAGACCAAGCACAGAGCAAUAAAC